UUUGUGUACCCCACCUUGCCGCUCGGGUUGGUCUUCGUCGGACAGUGGCUGAGGCGGACGCGCUGGCAGCUCCUCGGCCACCAUGCCGUUGCCCUACCGCAGCGCCCAGGCCGUCAAGAUCCAAGGGGGGACGGUGCCGGUCAAGCCAGAUAAGCAGGCUCUGCUGGACGGCGUAAAGGCAGCGUAUACGCAGGCCAAGCAGAACGCGGAUGCCGCCGCGGCGGCGGCCGAGGAUGUUGCCAACGCGAUGAAGCAGCUGGAGGAUGACGAGGAGCUCGCGCUGCUUAGAACCGACAACAAAGCCGCGAUCAAAGCCUUGACGGCCGAGGAAGCAAAGAACGCACUGAACAUGCUGCACCCGGACACUCUGGACACCGCGGCGGCGCCGAUGGGUAACCUCAAGGUCAUGCCGACCGACAUCCUGCCGUUGGCGUUGUGCGACCAGGACUGGGUGGAUGAGAUGGGGAAGGUAAUCAUGGCGGACGGCCGGCCGUAUCUCACCACGUACCAGCACGAUCAGCUGGUGCCCUUCUGCAUGUGGUGGACCAUCUCGCGCUUCCCCGAGUUCCAGGGCCAGCUUGCGGCGAGCGAGAUGCCGUGGAAGGCCGUCCCGGACGACGACGGCCACGUCCUCGGCCGGCCCUUCGCUCCCCAGCCCAUGCUCGCCUCGCCGUUCCAGAACUUCCCCCUCGUGAUGCCUUGGAUGGGCUGCCGCUGCGCGUGGCCCGUCUCUCAGCUCGGCUACUACUCGAUUUGCUGGGCGUGCGGUCUGAGCAAGUGGGUCGCGCUGGCGGUCGAGAUCAUCAUCACCUGUAUGGAGCUGCUCUACCUCGACACGCUCCUCAUGCAGCGCUUCUACCAGUACGCGCCCAACUCGCGCUCCUGGGACUACAUUGCCAAGCAGCGCUCGCCCCUCACCAUCCGCGUCACUGAGGUGGUGAUUGACUUCAUCUUCAUGCCCCUAUUCAUUGGACUUCUCGCAUUCGGUUCCGACUCCAGCAAGAACCUCAACUACUUCGAGACGAAGACGAUGUACCGCAUCCUGCUGCGCUCUCUAUCGACAAAGGAGGCGGGGCAGACCUUUGCCUACUGCACCCUCGUCACGUGGUCUGUGCUCACCGAAAUCGGGUCUGUGAUCUUCCCGGCGUACAUCACCUUUAUGGCGCCGGUGAUCUUCCACGUCGUCUACUCGGGCGAGGUGCUCACAGACAUGGCCAGCUUCAUCCUCCUCUUUAAUACGAUCUUCGAGUUCGAGCAAAAGGCUCUCUGGCUCGUGCAGUUUGCCGCGUGUCUGACCGAGGAGCAGCGCACCCUCACCACCACGUUCGUGCAAGGGCAUCGCGCGAAGGCGGAGAUCCGCGCCGUCAACCAGGCGUACCUCUGGUUCGCCUUUAUCGUCAUCUUCUCCAUCUUCCUCACCUUCAAGAGCUGGUUCUCCAUCCUCUGGAUCUGGGUCGUCCCCUUCUCGAUGUUCUACUACACGAUGGUGAUCCACUCCGUGCCGUACUGCAUGAAUGGGUGGACGGCCUGCCCGGGGCACACGAUGCCGUGCAUGUGCUUGACCUUUGCGCUGACGUCGCUCACCAUGUUCAGCCUCUUCAUCCUGAAGCACGGAUGCUUCAUGUUCCCGUGCCUCUGCAAGGAGGAAGUCCCCGGCUGGCUCUUCUUCCCCUCCUCCACGGCGCUCACCUCGCCGCUGCGAGGUAUCUUCGACGUCAACCUGUGGUUCUUCGAACGGCCCGUCACGCGGCUGAUCGACUGGUUCACCGCAGCCGCGUGGGACGACGACUGCCGGUGGGAGCCGACGGCGAGCAGCUUCAAGUCGCAGGCCUUCAUGUGGCGCGUGUGGCGCGUCACCGGCAUCGGCCCCGAUGAGUGCCUCAAGCCUACAUACGGCGGCUGCAGCGACCCGUGGGAGAGGGACGACACUCUGGCUGAUGAGGAGGUGAACGGCGGUUCACUGGGGACGCUCGGCGGCUUUGACAACCAGCGGCAGGGAUGAGGCCCCCGGUCGAGAUACGUACGGCUCUAUGUACGCGUCUUUUCUUUGUGUAGCAUUGGAAGUAGGAUUAGGGCCAGCACCGCAGGGGGGGGAUGACCGUUGUAUAGUGUGUACCAUUUGGGCAAACGGCGCGAUACGAAAA